CUUCUCCAAUUCUCCACUUCUUCUUUAUAUGUCCACCCUUCUUUCAUCUUUCCAACCCUAUUUCUCUCUCUCUCUCUCUCUCUCUCUCUUGUUUCUUAGAGCCAAAACGGCUUGCUAAUCUCUGUAUUUUUAAUUCCUACUUCAGCGUCUUCACUGUGAAAUCCCUCAAAGUAUCUUUAUGCUCUGGUAGAUAAUUUAACAAGAGAAAAUUUUGCUUGAUUCAUAAGAUAAAAGAGUACAAAUUAAGAGAAAUGAGCUGCAAUGGUUGCCGGAUUCUUCGAAAGGGUUGUAGCGAAACCUGUAUUCUAAGGCCCUGUUUGCAGUGGAUUGAAAGCGCCGAAGCACAAGGCCACGCCACUGUCUUCGUGGCCAAGUUCUUCGGCCGUGCUGGUCUGAUGUCCUUCAUCUCCGCCGUCCCGGAAAAUCAGAGACCUGCUCUUUUCCAGUCCCUGUUGUUUGAAGCCGCGGGAAGAACAGUCAACCCCGUGAACGGGGCGGUGGGGCUUCUGUGGACCGGAAACUGGCACGUCUGCCAGGCGGCCGUGGAGACUGUCCUCCGGGGCGGCGCGUUGAAGCCAAUCCCGGAGUUUAUGGGGGGUGAAUCGGAGCCCGAUGACGCUUCCGAGUGCACGGACAUGUUCAAACUCCAAGAUCCUAGCCUCAGUCCACGGCCCAAGGUGCAGAAACGCCGUCGGUUCCCCGAUGAGCCAGCAAAGGUGAUGCAGUUAGCUGACCUUGAUCUCAGCUUGACGCCGGGUUUCCAAGGCAAGAAAAUGAGCCCGUCGGCCGCAAAGCGGCGACUAGGGAGCCCAUCAAUGAAUUCCGAAGAAUCUCUGAUGACAACUUGUGGAGAUCAUCAUCCAGCUACUGAGAUCAAGCUUCUCAACUUGUUUAAUUAAGUAAGCCAGGAGAAAAAGCUGUAAAAAUUGCUGUUAUCAGCUUUAGCUUUUGCUUCCUUUUUUUUUUUUUUUUUCUUUUAUAGUUUUAUUUUUAAUUUUGCCUUUAUAGAAAGGCUUCUCUAUUUUUAUUUUUUGGAAUUCCCCGGAAUCGUACUCCGGCGAGGUUUUGUCGAUCGUUGGCACAAGAUUUCCCUCAUUUUCUUCUUGAAUAUGAGAAGGAGGGGAAAAUGAAAGUUCUGCCGAUGGAUUGUUUCCUUUGUUCUUCAUUUGUGUAAUUUUUCUCUCACCAUUAAUAUUAGCGUCUAAUCACUGUUGGACUUGAAUAAUCAAAA